AUGGUGCCCAUCGCGCGCUACUGGCGACAGCCUAAAACUCGCCGCUCCGGAGCCUCUGAGUCUGGGCCCGAGGCUGGCACCGCGCUGGCCGCUUCGCAGGGUCGCCCAGUUCAUGUGUCUCCUUGCCUUGGCGAGACCUUUUCUAAAAAUAGGAUCAAGUUCUACAGGAACAAGUUCUUAAACAACAUUAUUAUUUCAGGCCAUGCAAAAGAGGCUCUUAAUCUUGCUCAGCUGCAGGAACAGACAUUGCAACUGGAGCAGCAGUCCAAAGUUAAGGAAUAUGAAGCGGCCAUUGAGCAGCUAAAGAAUGACCAGAUCCGAGUACAAGCAGAGGAGAGAAGAAAAACGCUAAAUGAAGAAACCAGACAGCAUCAAGCGAGGGCCCAAUAUCAGGACAAGCUGGCAAGACAGCGCUACGAAGAGCAGCUGCGACAGCAGCAACUCCUUAAUGAGGAGAACUUGAGGAAGCAGGAAGAAUCUGUGCAGAAGCAGGAAGCAAUGAGGCGAGCCACUGUGGAGCGGGAGAUGGAGCUGCGGCAUAAGAAUGAGAUGCUGCGUAUCGAAGCGGAAGUCCGCGCCCGCGCAAAGGCUGAGCGUGAGAAUGCCGACCUCAUUCGGGAGCAGAUCCGCCUGAAAGCUGCUGAGCAUCGCCAGACAGUGUUAGAUUCCCUCAAGACAGCAGGUACAUUGUUUGGAGAAGGAUUUCGUGCCUUUGUAACAGACUGGGAUAAAGUUACAGCCACGGUGGCUGGUCUGACCCUGCUAGCAGUGGGGAUUUACACUGCCAAGAAUGCUACAGGAGUUGCAGGGCGGUAUAUAGAGGCUCGUCUGGGCAAGCCCUCCCUGGUGAGAGAGACUUCGCGCAUUACUGUGCUAGAAGCACUCAAGCAUCCCAUCACGGUUGGCAAGCGUCUUACCAGCAAGGCUCAAGAUGCCCUUGAAGGAGUGGUUCUCAGUCCCAAGCUGGAGGAACGUGUGAGAGACAUCGCCAUAGCAACAAGAAAUACAAAAAAGAACAAAAGUUUGUACAGGAAUAUCCUUAUGUACGGCCCCCCAGGUACUGGGAAGACACUCUUUGCGAAGAAAUUAGCCAUGCAUUCCGGCAUGGAUUAUGCCAUCAUGACAGGUGGCGAUGUCGCCCCCAUGGGGCGGGAAGGAGUUACUGCCAUGCACAAGGUCUUUGACUGGGCUAACACGAGUAGGAGAGGCCUCUUGCUGUUUGUGGAUGAAGCAGACGCCUUCCUACGGAAGAGGGCGACAGAGAAAAUCAGUGAAGACCUGAGAGCGACACUGAACGCAUUUCUGCACAGGACAGGACAGCACAGCAACAAGUUUAUGCUUGUUUUAGCAAGUAACCAGCCAGAGCAGUUUGAUUGGGCCAUCAACGACCGAAUCGAUGAAAUGGUGAACUUUGACCUACCGCAGCUAGAAGAGCGGGAGCGACUGGUGAGGAUGUAUUUUGAUAAGCACGUCUUGAAGCCUGCCACAGAGGGGAAACAGCGUCUAAAGCUGGCCCAGUUUGACUACGGGAAAAAGUGUUCUGAGAUUGCCAAGCUGACAGAGGGCAUGUCUGGCCGAGAGAUCUCCCAGCUAGCUGUGGCGUGGCAGGCUGCCGCCUAUGCGUCCUCGGACGGCAUCCUCACCGAGGCCAUGAUCGACGCCCGUGUGACGGAUGCCGUGCAGCAGCACCAGCAGAAGAUGGAGUGGCUGAAGACCGAGGGCAAGGAAGCGAGCCAGGAGGCGGGCAAGAGCCGCCGGAUGCCUCUCCCCGUGGGGCCAGCCGUCUGAGAUGCUGCCCCUGGGCUCAGCCGGGCGCACGUGUUGGCCGGCCGGGUUGGUGGAAUCAUGUGAUGGAGAUGGGUGCCCAGCGGUGCCAGCCGAGCAGAGGCAGGAGCUGCCCCGGCCCUGCCCUGCCCUCUCAAUUUUAUACUUUUAGGGAGCACCGGAAAUAAAUGUCUUUUAAAGCA